GGUGACCUGGCAGCGGAGCCCGCGCAGGGUUUGCCAGGCGAAGGCGGAGCGCUAACGUCUAACGCUAACGGCAGUCGUGCCCCACCGCUGCUGUCACCCCUGGCCGCUGCUGCCCUCCCCGCCGAGGUUCUACUGCUCUUCUUGAGAAGGGUGUGAGGCACUGUGUCUCUCCCCACACCUCUCGCCUGAGGCCAGACAGCCGGUUUGGGAGCGAGCCUGAGGCCAACCAAUCAAUGGCUCAGACAGAUAAGCCAACAUGCAUCCCGCCGGAGCUGCCGAAGAUGCUGAAGGAGUUUGCCAAAGCCGCCAUUCGGGCGCAGCCGCAGGACCUCAUCCAGUGGGGGACCGAUUAUUUUGAGGCCCUGUCCCGUGGAGAGACGCCUCCGGUGAGAGAGCAGUCUGAGCAAGCUGCUUUGUGUAACUGGACAGAGCUAACACCUGAGCUGUUAAAGGUCCUGCAUUCUCAGGUUGCUGGGAGACUGAUCGUCCAUGCAGAGGAGCUGGCCCAGAUGUGGAAAGUGGUGAAUCUUCCAACAGAUCUGUUUAAUAGUGUGAUGAAUGUGGGUCGCUUCACAGAGGAGAUCGAGUGGCUGAAGUUUUUAGCCCUUGCUUGCAGCGCUCUGGGAGUUACUAUUACCAAAACUCUCAAGAUAGUGUGUGAGGUCUUAUCACGUGACCAUAAUGGUGGGUUGCCCCGGAUCCCGUUCAGCACCUUCCAGUUUCUCUACACGUAUAUUGCCGAAGUGGAUGGAGAGAUCUCUGCAUCACAUGUCAGCAGGAUGCUAAACUACAUAGAACAGGAAGUAAUUGGGCCUGAUGGUUUAAUCACGGUGAAUGACUUUACCCAAAACCCCAGGGUUCGGCUGGAGUAACAGCACAAUUUUGGCAAUUUUAAAGGAAGAUACAGAGAUGAUUGUACUUCAGAAUGACUGAAACCCAUAUACCACCCAAAAUCAAUUUUCUUGUACAACUGGUACACACUAUUAAUAAACAAUUAAACAUGUGAAAUCAGAAA